UUUCUUAAGCAAUAUUAGCAAUUGUAUAGUUAGUGACAAUAUUACGUUUUCUUAAUUCACCGGCAAUGUAUACUCAACAUAGUUUGCUUUUUAAGACAUCGAUACCAAGUGCAUAACUUUGUUUUUCAUCGAUUAACUCAAACACUUAUCGAUCUGUACCUGAAUGCCAUCGGCAUGGCUCAAACUCAAAUUGAGACAGCUAUAAAACUGCUGCUUCAGGAAGCCCAAGAGCUAUGCAUUGGUGGACAAAUAACGGAACUACAACAGCUGCCAACUGCCUUAGAGUUCACGCGGGACUACUAUGCAAAGAACGCACCUGUUGUCGUACGUCAGGCGGUUGCCCAUUGGCCUGCAGUGCAGAAGUGGACGCCGGAUUAUUUGCAGACUACUCUGAAUGACAAAGUUGUGGAUGUAGCUGUUACACCCAAUGGCUAUGCUGAUGGUCUGGCCACACAAGAUGGCGAAGAGUACUUCGUGCUACCGCUAGAAACGCAAAUGCCUCUAUCUGAGUUAUUGGAACGUCUCGAUGAUCCAAUGGGAGCUGUGCACUACAUUCAGAAGCAAAAUUCCAAUUUCAGUCUUGACUUUCCGGAGCUGGCUGGUGACAUUAUGCCGAGUGACUUGGAUUUUGCCCAGCAGUGCUUCAACAAGGAACCGGAUGCAGUCAACUUCUGGUUGGGCGACGAGCGGGCCAUCACCUCCAUGCACAAGGAUCCCUACGAGAAUCUUUAUUGCGUAAUUUCCGGGUACAAAGAUUUCAUAUUGCUGCCUCCGCAUCAGCUUUGCUGCGUGCCUCGUGGCAACUACCCCACUGGCGUGUACAAGCGAAAAUCCUGUGGGCAGUUCGACAUAGAUCCUUUGAUUGAGAACGACGAAGUUCUGCAUACAGAAUGGGUUAGCAUUGAUCCAUUAGCUCCGGACUUGGCCAAAUAUCCCCAGUAUAGCAAGGCGCGUCCCUUACGAGUACGUGUUCAUGCGGGAGAUGUGCUCUAUUUACCCAACUACUGGUUCCAUCAUGUGCGCCAGAGUCACAAAUGCAUCGCCAUCAACUUUUGGUACGACAUGGACUACGACAGUCGCUAUUGCUACUAUCGCAUGAUGGAGCAGCUCACCAGCCAAACAGAUCUAAACAAAUAGCUAAGUACCGGAGCUCAUUCCAAACCAAUUGUUUGUUACAUUUGUAAGCCAAUUAAUAAAUGAAAGAAACCCCAAAGGCUGGUCCACAAAUUCGAUGGGAUUCCAUUCACUCCAGAAGCCGCAGCUAAUUAAAGGGUUGAGCUCCCAACAAAUUUGUUUGUGUUUUAGGUGUACAUUUAUAAUUUAAUACAAAAUAAAAACAAAGUCGAAAAUGGGCCGCCCAUUGCGGCUAGUAACUAA